AGCAGAACCCGCGGAACCCUCUCGGUACGGUGGUCUUCAACGGUGAUUCCAAACGGUCGAGCAAUAUCUUCAGGAUGAUGUCUUGGUGGCUGCUUCUGCUGGCGGCGGUCUUUGGACUUGUGAGCGGCCAGACGAUUGAUCCUGACAGCGUCCCAAUCGGUACCCGAGACCAGUGGUGCAAUUCGCAGACUUCUGCCUGUCCCCUGCUUUGCCUCCAGAUCCCCGGUACCAAGAGCACCACUCAACAAAACUCGUGCGAUCCUAAAACCCUCGUGUACAGCUGCGUGUGCAGCAACGGAGUCAGCCCCAACGCAUCGCAGUACUCGGAGACAAUCCCCUACUUCGAAUGCACCGAGUCCAACAACCAGUGCGUCGACAACUGCCAGGGUGACUCGAGCUGCCAGUCCGCCUGCCGACAGGAUAACCCGUGCGGCGCGCAGAAUCCCACCCGCGUCAACGUCACGACCACCAAGGGCGGCAAGACGGCCACCGCGACGGACGGAUCGAGCGGCACGGGCUCCGCCGCCACGGACGUGGUCUAUACGGGCAUCGGCACCGGCGCGGUCACCGUCACCAGCGACGCAAAGGCCGGUCUUGCCGUCCGGGGCGUCUCUUUCGAGGCGGGCCAUCUGUACGGUCUUGUUGCCGUGGUGAGCGGCUUCCUUGCCGGCAUGGCUGUUUUGCUUUGAAAGCCCCGGAGGGAAAAUAAUAGCAUACCUAGUACCUGACGCAAGCAAACGAGUGAUGAUUGAAAAGUAUCUUACUAUGU